UUUUUGUUUCCUGGUAUUGCUACUAGGAAAUGACUUGGAAGAUAUGCCUUACGUGUUGGGAUUUCCCAGUGCUGAAGUUGCAUACCAAGUGUGUCGGUGCGCCCAGCACCUGGCUCUUUCCACACAAGGAAGGUUUCUUUCUCGUUGAUGUUCUACCAAGGACUUCUUCCCUUCCCCACACAGGGCCUCUUGAAAGCCAUCCAAGCUGCCAGAAAAGACGUGCCCUCAGCUGUGGAAGAAUGUGGAGCAGGAGGUGAAAAUUAGCCUACGGAGAAGGUCAUAGAAUCAUAGAAUCAUAGAGUUGGAAGGGGCCUUGUAGGCCAUCGAGUCCAACCCCCUGCUCACAGCAGGAAAUCCACAGCUAGAGCAUCUCCCGCAGAUAGCUGUCCAGCCUCUGCUUGAAGACAUCCAGCGAAUGCCAGGGCCCUUGCUGCGUCCUUUCCAGUUCUGGUUUGUGGAACUUGGCGGGUUAACAAGGAGCUUCCAGCUACAGGCUGGCAGAGGGAAUGCUCACAAGUACCUGAGAGUCACCAGUCGAUGAACUCCCUCCACUAAUUUGGAUUCAGUGGAGAAUAUCCAAUCUCUAAACUGUGAAUAAGAAAAACAGAGAGCAAGAACAUCCUUUAUUAAAAGCAUAACAUGAUUACUGCGAUGAUGUCUAGCAAGGGUGAAACUGCAAAUAUCUCAUUGCUUGGCAUUAAGGCUGUGGAAUGCCACGUGGAUUCCGAGUUCAGAUAUACCCUGUUCACUGUCUACUACAGCAUCAUCUUCAUCCUGGGCUUUAUCGCAAACAGCUACGUCCUGUGGCUUUUCACACGGGUUUACGCGACUAAGAAAUUAAACGAAAUCAAAAUAUUCAUGGUCAACUUGACAACGGCUGACCUACUCUUCCUGGCCACGUUGCCAAUGUGGAUCAUAUAUUACCACAACAAAGGGAACUGGAUCAUGCCCAGUUUUUUGUGUAACUUGGCUGGCUACUUGUUCUUUGUCAACACUUACUGCUCAGUUGCCUUCCUGGGGGUCAUAACAUACAACCGGUUCCAAGCAGUCACGAAGCCCAUUUCAGCAGCUCAGUCUACCACACGACGAAGGGGCAUCUAUGUCACGGCUGCUAUCUGGGUCCUGAUCGCUGGCCCUUCCACGUACUUCCUAUUUGGCACGGGCACUACUAAAGAGGGCUCUUUAACGCGCUGUUUUGAGCGUUAUGACACAAGCAGUGAUAAUACUCCUGUCCUUGUUUCCCACAUCAUCAUUUGCAUUUGUUUCUUCAUUGCUUUUCUGAUUGUCCUGGUAUGCAAUGCAUUUAUUAUCCGGACACUGCUCUCCCAACAACCUCAAGCUCGGAAAAGUGCCCACAUCAGGCAAAGGGCGCUUUGGUUGGUGUGCACCGUCCAGGCUGUCUUUGUGCUGUGUUUUGUGCCUCACCACAUUGUGGACCUGCCCUGGACCUUGAUGGUGCUGAAUAAAUGGGAAAUAAGCUGUCGGAGCAAGAAGUUGUGGAAUGAUAUCCAUCAAGUGACCCUGUUCCUCCUGGGUGCCAACUGUGUAUUGGAUCCUGUCAUUUACUGCUUCCUUACCAAAAAAUUCAGGAAACAUCUUUCUGAGAAUCUGAGAAACAUAAAAGACAGUCGUAAGUGUUCCAGGCAAAUAACUGAGACCACCGUGGACGGGAUGCUGCCUCUUGAAGAGUGCCACCGUGUCUCCAUCAAGCCUUAAAAGUCUCAAUAACUAGAGAGACAUUGACUAUUGGAAGAUUCAGGACAGAUAAAAGAAAGCCUUCACGCAGUGCAUAGUUAAAACUAUGGAAUUCACUCCCACAAAAGGCAGUGAUGGUUACUAACUUGAAUGGCUUGAAAAGAGGAUGAGACAAAUUCAUGGAGGAUAGACUAUCAAUGGCUACUAAUCCUGAUGCCAGUGUUCUACCUCCAUUGUCAGAGGCAGCAUGCUUCUGAAUCCGAGUUGCUGGAAACCAUAGGAGCAGAGUGUGCUGUUGUGCUCAGAUCUUGCUUGCAUGCUUUCCACGGGCAUCUGGUUGUUGGCCACUGUGAAACAGGAUGCUGGACUAGAUGGGUCACUGGCCCGAUCCAGCAGGCUCUUCUUGCAUUCUUAUGUCUUCUGUUAUGGUUACUCAGCACAAAGUACAGGCUGGUGACAGGCACAGACCCUCUGCAUCUCACCACAAGGCUGGCAGAUGCAUUCAGGUUUCCAGCUUAUCUCUAGAUGCAACUGCAGGAACUGAAAUACAUUUAGGAUGGUUUGGAUACCAUAACUCAGGAAGAACAUAGAAUACCUCAGUCUUUUGUUGUUGUAAUGAAAAGAAAAUGUUUUAAAUUACUUAUGGUGUCUCUUAAAAAUAUGGGCAUUACAUUUCUUUCUAGGUGCAGAGGCUAUGUGAUGCUUUAUGUUUAGUUCCACAUUUUUGUCCUGAAGCUAAUUCAGAAGUCUUUGGGGCAGGUUGGGCAUCGGAGGUGGACAUCAUUGGGCACCUGUAGUUUGUGCCUCAUUUUGGGGGCCACUGCCAACCCGCAGAGCCUUCUGGCUCUUCACUUACUUUAAGCGAGUGAGCUGUCUCAGCUGUGGUAGGGCCAAGGAAAAAGCUCACCCCACUCUCCUCCUCUAGACAGCUACUCAGAUUGGGCUUAGAGCAUGGAGGCUGGUCAAUAAGAGCAAAUGGGGCACUGCCGUACCAGCCAGCCCCUACCUGCCUGCCUGCCUUCCUUCCUGCCAGGGGAUGGCUCUCCCUGCCAUUGCCUCUGGCUCUGCCUACUGUUGGUCUCCAUGCCUUCCUUCCUCCCAGUUCCAGGGGGCACCAGCCACCACUGGGCCAGAGGAGGUUAAUCGACUGGCAGCAGUGACAGUGACAUGGAGGAGGUGGGCCUGCCAGGAAAGGGGUUUAACUGAGGGCAUCUAAUCCGAAGUACACACACAAUCUGUCUUGAACUGAUACCACUUGGCCAUGCUGUUGAGUUUUUCAUAACCUGUGAAGGGAUUCAAGGACAGUAGGGUCUAUUGCAAUAUCUGGAAUGUGGGAGAACUACAAUACAGCCACUGGGUCACUACAGGUAGUGGAAGCUGGUCUGUUAGGGAAAAUGGGGCACUGCCCCACCAACCUCAGUCUGCCCUCAGCCAGCCCCCAUCUGCCUGCACUGGCUGUCAACUUCCUUCUCUUCCUCUUCCUUCAGUUUAAUGGCGAAUCAAGGCUAAGGGAAGGCCCUAUUAUCACCACCCGCUAGCAGAAAAUUUUAGCACAUCUCAUAACCUUUCACAAAGCUUUGCAGUCUUAACAAACUGCCAAAGAAUCUCCAACAAACCACAAAGACUCUUAUCUUGAAGGGCUGAUCCCACAGACAAGUUUGUAAUUCUGAAAUCACUAAACUACAAAAGAGAGGCUCUCUAUCUUCCACAUAUCUCACAGAAUCCCAAAUACACUCAGAAUCCAGUCUUCCAAACCUGUACAAGCCACUUUGAAGAGCACAAUGCUCCACUGACUGACUUAUCUCUGCUGCCCUUCCAGAUGAAGCAUGAUAAAAUUCUCCAAAACUGGGUAAAAAGAAAAUACCCAGCCGACCUGCAGAAUCUGCCUCCCACUGCUUUUGCCACUCACCCAAUAGCAUCCUAACUUCUGAAAAGGACAGAGGCAACACAAGAUCAAUGUUCCUCUGUUCCAAAGCCUUCCUAGCCACCUGGUCAGCCAUCUUGUUCCAGCAAUGCCCACGAGCUGGAAUCUAUCAAAGCUGAACCAAGAUACCUAUUAAUUGUAAUUCAGUCGUCAGCCCCCAAAUCUUAUUCACCAGGUUACUUUUACAAACCACACCUCCACUCUAAACAGCCAUCAGGCCUGUCAGGGAGGCUUCCUCCUCAGUCUCAGUGUUCCGCUUGUAGAACUCAGCAGGGAGGAGGAUGAGGACAAAGCUAAAAUUAAGUUUGCUCUGCUUGUCAUUGGCUCUGGCUCAACUUAGUAUUUGAGCUCCCUGCCUUCUGCCCUGCCAGUCCCAAUAGGCAACAGCCACUACUGCCUAGAGAAUGAAUCCUCACAUUUUUCCUUGCUGCCAGAUCUACAAAGAUGUGAAAACUAAAAGCCAAACCCAAGCUUCCUUGGUAGGACGGGAAGCCUGUGUGGAAUUCUCGGGCAGGGAUGGGGAACUUGUGGCCCUCCAGAUCUUGUUGGCCUCCAAAUCGCAUCAAUCCAGCUGGUAGGGCCAAUGGACAGAGAUGACAGAAGCCCAACAUCUGGCGGGUCACCGGUUGUCCACCUCUGUUCUAGGGAACUCUGUGGUCCAGGAGGCCUUCUGGUUUCAUUCAAUCCCUUAAAUAAGGAGACACACUACAACAAUAUACAGUUGUCCAAUGAGGGAGGGAGAGGGUUCACCAAUACAGGAGACACAGUGGAGAGCCAAAUGAAUACCCUCCAAUAUGUCAUAGAUGGAAAUACAGAAAUGCUUGCAAUACCCAUAUCAUUUUAUCAAGGGUUAUUGCUGGAAUGCCCCUCCCUCCAUCACAUAUUGGGAACCCUGUGCUGCCUGUUGAAUGUCUAUUCUGCGGCACUCUCGUCCCCAGUUGAUUUGAAAGCCAACAGCAUGAUUGUUUUUGAAGCUGACAACAUACUAGAAAAGUGUAAUUGUCCUCCACCAUGUCAUCAGCAAUUCCAAACAUGCUACAGUAUGUGAAAUCACUGCAGACUGUGUACUGCAUGGUGUUCAUGCACAUGCAUUUGCCUAUAUGUACCCCAGGGGUGGGAUGCAUCUCCACCCCAGAGGUUUAAAUGCUAGAGACCCCCAGGAGGAAACUGAAAACUGACUAGCAGCUCACACUUUGUUGUUGUUAUGUGCCUUCAAGUUGAUUACUAUGAAUCAGUGACCUCCAAUAGGAUCUGUCAUAAACCACUCUGUUCAGAUCUUGUAAGUUCAGGUCUGUGGCUUCCUCUAUGGAUUCAAUCCAUCUCUUGUUUGGCUUUCUUCUUUUUCUACUCCCUUCUGUUUUCCCAGCAUUAUUGUCUUUUCUAGUGAAUCAUGACUUCUCAUUAUAUGUCCAAAGUAUGAUAACCUCAAUUUCAUCAUUUUAGCUUCUAAUGAUAGCAGCUCACACUAACAAAAUGUUAACAAGUUAUUGCCCCAAAGCAGAAAUAGGGAUCAGAGGCCAGAAAAUAGUGACCGUAGUCGACUAUGCAAAAAAGCUGGGGCUGUUAUACCAACAGUUAUUCCUUUGUAUCUUGUGUGUUUAGGGAAACUUUUUACUCAUUAUUUUAUUAUAUACUUCUUUGAGUGCCUUCAGGAGUAAAGUCGUAUGAAAUCACUAAGUAGAUUUAUUCAAACCACAGAGGGGAAUGACAGAGCAGGCAGAUCCAAGAACCAGAAGAGGGCAGCACAGGUGAGAAAAUCAAACACCAGGAAGCUAAAAUCAACAGAUGUUUUUGUUGUGCAGGCAAAGGGCUCAGUUCUUUCUUAACCAAAGAGCCAAAUAUAGCAGGUCAGAUGGUGCAAGAUGAGACAGUUCUUGUCGGGAAAGUGUGCGAGGAAACUGUGGUUGCUACUUUGGCCAUGGACAACCAAUGCUUAACAUCCUCAUCUAACCCUUUGCUGUUUAACAAGGAACGCCAUUUCAUGAAGUGAUAUCUGAGAUCCUAGCUUCACUUUAGCAAACUACACAGCAGAGAAGGUCUCCAUCCCAAGAGCUGUGCGAGAAAAGAAAUGUAUGUUUAAUAUUUCCAUACAACACAGAAAGGGCUUAGCUCUCAAACUUGUUAUUUUGGUUGAUUUUGUUUUUUGUUUUUUAAAAAAAGACAAUUCUUUCUGCGUUAUUAUAGAACAAGUCCUACCAUCUUGAUACUAAAAUUAAUAGCACAUCAGCAGUCCCAUUCUUUUAAAAUAGGACCACAGUUCUGAACAUGCUUACUUGCAAAUCAGUCCCACUGAAACCAAUGGGACUUGCUGCCAUGUAAACAUAGACUGAAUUGGGCUGCAAUCCCCAGGAAAUAGUUGCUUCAGGAAAUAGCUUACACUGAAAUCAGAGGUAACAUAUACCAGGAAUGAAGGUAUCUGUAGAAUCUUAUAGCUGUUAAGUUCUUACGUGGGUGUCUAAAAAUCCUUUUCUAUGCAAAAAAGGAGAGUAAAUCUUUUAAAACAGGUUAUCUUUUGUUGUGAACCGCCCAGACAGCUUCAGCUAUGGGGCGGUAUAGAAAUUUAAUUAAUAAAUAAUAAAUAAAUCAAUCUUUUCUUCUAUGUAUUUUAACUUGGCAAUUAAAGACUUCUUUAGAAAUUGUUAUUUCUCUAUCUUUUUGCAUUACAUCGUUUUAUAAAGUUUAAAAAAAGUUCCUAGUACUGUAUUAUGAA